CGUAGACGUCAUUCAUUCGUCAACACUAACUAUUUCAACUCCUGUUGCCAUGGGCUGCAACGCGUUUCCCUUCUCCUCAGGGAAAAUAAAAAGUGGUAGCUGGUUGAUUGCCCACAGGACUUCGCUCAAGGUCAGCUAAUUACAAUGCUGUCCUCUUGUUUCGGAUUGCGAAAGAAGAACUCGGAUCCCGAGCAAGAACCACUACUCCCUCAAUAUGAGCAGGACACUCAUUUACAGCGCGAGCUGUAUCGGAAGCUGCACAGCUACCAGAUGCUAAAGGCUCUCACUGAAGGAUAUAUGCCUAGCACUGAGCAGACUGUCAUCAAUCUACGCACUUUGCUAGCAAGCGACAUAUUAAAUCCCGACAACCCGGAUCUCUCCAAUAGUGGUCGCCGACUAGUCCGUCUAACCAAGUUAUGGCUGCAGCAGUUCAUUACUCUUCUUCUACAUAAAAACCACCAGGAUCAAAUCCAAGAUCUUGUUUGGUUUUUAUCCAAGAGUCAGAUAACUGUUGACAUCGAUGACCUUAGCUGGAGGGCUAAGAAGACCAAAACUAGGGCCGACAUAGCUGCUGCGUACCAAAGCGUACGAACUCUUAGCUCGCUACUUAUCACAAAUCCCGAUUUCAGAACCUUCCUUAAUGACUUCAACAUAGUUGCUAGGGAAGUUUUCAGAGAUUCUGCGUUUGCACUGAGUGAUGCUGCUAGGGAAGCGGGCCAGGAGCUCGAGCCAUCCAAUGAGGAGCACCAGGGCGUAGCCAAUUCAUCCUAUGACGGUGCUAGCCAACCACCAACUACCCAAAACUUGGAGGAUGAAUUUGAGGACGCUGGCAGAAUUAUUGCUUCUCAUAGUUCUGACGUUGCAAGUACCACAGCCGAAAGUAUCAAGGACAGACUUUCAAGUGACGAAGGCAAGACGCUUUUGAAGCGACUACAAAAAGUCGUUCUUGGCCUUCGAAACCGCAAAGACUAUUCAGAAUCAGUGUCCACACUUUCAUUGCUCAUCAAGAGAUACGCCGUAAUCUAUUCACAAGCCGCGGAGGAAAUAGUGGAACUCGCCGAAAGCGACGUGCAGGAGAACCGGGAAACGGAUCAGGCCCUGGCCAAUCUCUGGGACUUCGUCAAAAGCUUUGGUGAUAGAAAUGAGUGGGACAAGUCGGAAGAGCUUCUCCAGAAGGUUGUGAGCCAUAAAGACAAAGACCCCGAAUUUGAGAAUUUACUGGAAGACGUCGCAGACAGCUUGCAAAAACUUCUCACAGAUCCGGAAUUCUUCACCGAUGCCGAUAAAAAGCUGAGGGAGCUAAGAGAAAGGAGCAGGGAGGUCGGGUCUGACAGCAGUCUCCGAAAAGACAUUGAUGCGCUACUGCAGCAAUUGUCUGUUACUUUCCGUAGUGUGGCAAGGGACGAGGAUAUCCGCAACCUGACAACCACAACCCUUCGCAUUUUAGGAGUUCUCUCCCCACCGGAAUCAGCGACCAAUCCUGAUCUCAUUCAGGACGCAUUGAAUGUUUUCAUUCCACUUCUCAUAUCCGCCAUCCAACACGUGCCGAUCCCCCGCCUUGAGAUUAGCACACCAGCAAUCGACCUCUUAUUGGAGAAUCUCAUCAUCGAACCUGGUGUUACCGUGAACCAAACUUCAUUUUUACCCUACAGGCUAAAGAUUGAGAAUUACAACGAUGUCGAGAUCCGAAAAGCCCGUUUCCGAACCAACGCCAAGACCAAGAAUCUAAUGCUUAUCAAAAUCGACGGUCUCUCAGCACGUGCAGACGAGGUUGGCUUCUGGCUGCGCGCUCACAGUGGAUUAUUCCGCUUGGCGGAUGAGGGUAUAGCAAGUUUUGCGCUAGAUGAGCGUGGUAUUGACAUUCACCUUGAAGUCGAAAUAUGCCGCGAGCGUCUGGAGCAUAUCCUAACUUUGCGUCGCGUGAAGGUGAGGGUGCACAAGCUGAAUUACAAACUGCGAAAGAGCAAAUUUGCUUGGUUGGGUUGGCUUUUCAGGCCAGUUUUACGCCCGAUUCUCAAAGCGACGAUGGAGGCCCAACUUGCUACUGCUAUUGGCGACUUAUUACAUGCUGCGAAUCGCGAACUGAUUUUUGCUCGAGAGCGCUUGCGUGCGACAAGAGUUGCAGAUCCUAAGGACCUGUGGACCUUCAUCAGAGCUGUCGCGGCGAGAUUAGUUCCCGAAGAGGACCCCAACCUCUACACUAGGGUAGGUGUCGCACAACCGGGUCAAGGUGUAUUCAAAGGUGUUUAUGCGCCUGGAAGUGUCGUCAAGAUAUGGAAUGAAGAGGCUAGUAGAGCAGGGGACCGCAUUGAGCAAUUUGAAGCUGGCGGUUGGAGGAACGAUGUUUUUAACACACCAAUACGCCCUCUUUCGUGAGUUGCAUACGCUCGGACGUGUUCCGGUACUUGAUUUAGUGUGGUGGCGUUUUUAGAAGGUUUUAGCAGGCGAACUGCGAAAUUGAGAUUGGAAUCUGUUCAUGUGUUCGAGUGCUUUCCUACUUUUUGCAAGCGGGCUUGCUUUUACCUAAGGAUGAUUCCGAGCAGUAGAAUAUAAAAUAUUAAACCAUUCUACUCAAC